AUGGCUGAGUGAAAUGUUGUGUAUAUCCAUCUGUCAAAUUUGGUGAAAUUUAUUUUAUUUACGCUAUGGCUAAUAUUGUGUGAGUUCUUGUUUUUUUUAUUAGUGUGUUGAUUUAUAACUCAUAAAUGUGUAAGUAAAUUAUCACAAUGAACGGAUUAAGUUUCAGUGAACUAUGUUGCUUGUUUUGUUGUCCGCCAUGCCCUGGAAAAAUUGCUGCUAAGCUUGCGUUCCUCCCUCCUGAACCCACGUAUGCAUUCACGCCUGAUGAAACUGGAUCAAAAUUUUCUAUGACACUAACUGACCGAGCAGAAUGGCAGUAUUCCGAAAGAGAAAAAGAGAAUAUUGAAGGUUUUUACUCGAGAACUUCCAGAGGAAAUCGUAUAGCCUGCCUCUUUGUCAGGUGUAGCCCUAAUGCUAGAUUCACAAUAUUAUUUUCUCAUGGAAAUGCUGUAGAUCUGGGACAAAUGAGUAGUUUUUAUUUAGGAUUAGGUACUAGAAUAAAUUGUAAUAUAUUUAGUUAUGACUAUUCUGGUUAUGGUGUGAGUGGUGGCAAACCCUCGGAGAAAAAUUUGUAUGCAGACAUUGAUGCGGCAUGGCAAGCUUUACGGACUCGAUACGGAAUCAGCCCUGAGAAUAUUAUACUGUAUGGUCAGAGUAUUGGUACAGUGCCAACUGUUGAUCUAGCAGCUCGCUAUGAAGUUGGUGCUGUUGUGCUGCAUUCGCCUCUCAUGUCUGGCAUGAGAGUUGCUUUCCCAAACACAAAAAGGACAUGGUUCUUCGAUGCUUUUCCAAGCAUUGACAAAAUACCCAAAGUGACUUCUCCAGUCCUUGUCAUACAUGGAACUGAAGAUGAGGUUAUAGACUUCUCACAUGGACUUGCGAUAUACGAACGUUGCCCUCGUGCUGUUGAACCCCUGUGGGUUGAGGGUGCAGGUCACAAUGAUGUCGAACUUUUCAAUCAAUAUUUGGAAAGGCUGAAACGGUUUGUUUCAGUGGAAUUGCUCAACUGACAAAAACUAACGGCCCCAGGCCACGCUAAUUCAGGUGAAGACCAAAAUCCAGCUUCCACACUUAGCUCUGGGACUUCGAGUUCAGUGACAGAGAGACUCCUUUAGCAAGCGGGGGCCGGGCCAAGCCGGGCCGGCCCCAAAAAAAACUCACUUAAUGGCUCCUCAAGUCCACACAAUGUUGAUCGUAUUGUCGACGGGAAAGAAUUGCGUAGUCCACGACCAAUUACACAUAAUAUCAGCAUCAAUAUUACUGACACUGACUCCCCAGUAGGAGUUCGGCGACGAAUCCAUCUACGUUCGUUGAGCGACGUGACACCGGCGGGACGGUCUCCCGGAGCCCGCGCCCGUUCGCACUCGGAGAAACCUCGCGCCUCUCCGAGUUCCUCCCCUUCGCCGAGGGCCGUGCCGUCCUCUCCGCACAGCCUCGCUCCCUCACAGCACCCGCGGGUCGUUCGCAGCGAGCGUUCCUCGCCCGAUGCCUCUCUCAACGCGCUAUCUGACGAACCACGUCUGCGAACGGAAGCUCUCACCGUAAUCAAUGACCCUUGGAGGAAAAUGAGUGAAGUCGAUCUUAAAACGGCAUCCCGGAGACACAACACUAGAGCGUCGCUGGAUUCGUCGAAAGCUUCAGAUCCGUGGGUUAGGAACCCGACAUCGCGAGGAGCGUCCCGUGACAACGUGAGUACGAGCGGGCGGCGGCGCGGUAAGUUGGAGCGCUCUUCGGCGGUGACGUGCGAGGCGUGUGGCGUGACGGGCGCAGCUUGUGAGUGCUGGCGCCCCCCUUGCACGUGCGGCCCCGCCCCCUCACGUCUCUCCCCACGCCCUCCCGUCCGGGCGCACUCCGACGACGAGGAGAGACCGCGCCGCCUCUACAAGACUGCCUCACAAAAAAUUAUUUGUACCUCAAUGGACAGAGACACCUCUGCCCCGGUGGACCCUUUGCUAGAGACAACAUGCUAAUUCUCAAAUCUAGAUUAUAAACUUAUACACAGUGUAAUCGUUAUGUAGGUAUUCACAGGCGAUUAUUCCGUAACUAUUACAGAUAUCAAAUAACUUGUGGGAGGCUCCUUUGCACAGGAAGCCGGCUAGUUUAUGGGUACGACAACGGCGCCUAUUUCUGCCGUGAAGCAGUAAUGUGUAAACAUUACUGUUUUUCGGUCUGAAGGGCGCCGUAGCUAGUGAAACUACUGGGCAAAUGAGACUUAUCAUCUUAUGUCUCAAGGUGACGAGCGCAAUUAUUGUGGUGCCACUCAGAAAUUUUGGGUUUAUCAAGAAUCCUGAGCGGCACUGCAUUGUUAUGGGUUGGGCGUAUCAAUUACCAUCUGUGCUGAACAUCCUGAUCGUCUCGUCCCUUAUUUUAAUAUAAAAAAACUCAAACUGAUAUCGAAAGAUUUUUACCUAAUAAGUAAAAUAACAAGAAUAACUUAAAACAAAAACGAUAAGUAUCCAAAAAAUUUAUAUUAAACACUCCCAUACAUUUAGUAUGAGAUUAGUAGAAAUGCAUCGCACAACAAGGAUGUCACUUUGAACAUUGAAGUUUGAAUUUGCUUUGAAUUCAAAAUUUAGUACAUACUAAGAAAUAAAUUUUACUCAAUUAAAAGAUAGUUUUUAUUACUGUGUUAGAGUUGAUAAGCAGUUUUCUUAAAUAUAUGUUGGUAAGCUAGUGAAAUUACUGAGCAAAUGAGACUUAACAUCUGAUGUCUCAAGGUGACGAGCGCAUUUUUUUUGGGGGUUUUUCAAGAAUCCAAAGUGGCACUGCAAUGUAAUGGGCAGGGCGUAUCAAUUACCAUCAGCUGAACGUCCUACCCGUCUCGUCCCUUAUUUUUAUAAAAAAAAUGGGAGUGUUUAAUGUAUUAUUUUUUGGAUAUUUCUCGUUUUAUUUUUAAUAAGUUAUUAUUGUCAUUUUACUCAUUAAAGGUAAAGUGCUUUCGAUAUCAGUUUAAAGUUUUUUGAUAUCUGUAAUAGUUACAGUAUAAUUGCCUGUGCACACUUAACAAUUACACCCUGUAUAUCAUAUUGUGAUUGUAUUGUGCCCAUGUCCUAAUGGGCCCGGUUAUGUCAUGUGUUUAGAUAUGUGUGUUCUCUUUGUGUAUGAGUAUUAUUAGAAUGAAUUUUUAUAUCGCUAGUGUUUAGUACUCAAAAUUAUUCUUGUAUAAUAUCAUUAUAUGUAAUUCAAUUAUGUAAAAUUAUAGGUACAUUAGAUAUGUUUUUCAAAUAUUAUUUAUUAGUGUGUUUUUCAUGAUAUUCUAAACUUUUUUCAGGUUGUGCAUAAAGGAAAUCUAAAUAUGAUACUUGUAUUUGUAUUUAAGAUUAUAUUUGUAUGACAUGUAAACACUUAUCCCCUUAUUCAUAAUGGUCCGCUAACUUUAAACGGCCGCUUAGGAGAUAUUGUUCUCAUUCUGACUUAGGUCAAUAGAAGAAGACAGAGUGCGAAUUAGCAGUGCUUUAAGUUAGCAGACUAUUAUGAAUAAGGGGGUUAAUAUAAAAAAGCUUUUAUAUAAUGGUAAAUAUAACAUGUUUUAGCUUCACCAACCAUGUAUAGUGAUUUCAAAGUCAUUACAAUACUAUAUAUAGAAUGGUCAUAUAAUAAUCAACAUAUAUUACUAAUAUGGAUACUAUAGAAAAUUUCCUAGUUCCUACACUGUUAUAACUAACGAUUUUCUAUGAUCAUUGUUAAAACUAAACGUUUGCUAAAGCAAAAUAUAGUUAGUGAUUACAGUUGUACUUUGGUUGGUAGUUUAUUACAAAUGCAAUGGCACAACUUAAGUAUUGUUUAAUAAGUCCAUGUAAAAAUUGAUAUAGACAAUUUUAAAUGUAUUAUUUUUUAUAAUUUGAAAUGAUUUGGAGUAUGUUCCGAUAUGCACUGCGACCACUGUACAGUGUGACGUCAAUUUAGUAUACUGUGAUGCCGUUCCUUUAUAGCCAGUUAUACUGGUUACUAUUUAAAACGGAACGCAAUCCCGUAUACUGUCAGCCGCAUUUUUUGACGCAUCAUUCAAAUGGGUGUAUUAAAGUUUUCUAGUUCAUUAAAAAAAAAACUGUUGUUGGAGUACUGUCAAAUUAAAAAUAUCUGGGAUUAAACUGUAGGUAUUGGUUAUAAAACGUUAGGCACUCGAGUGGUUUUGACUGAUCACAUGAUCAAAGUACUGCGAGUAAAUUACCGCGAAAACGCCAGUGCUCAGUAGAAUAUGGCGGCGAUUUAUGACGUCAUAUAUUUUUCCCUAGGGUACUGCGGUAGUAUUCUGGUAGUCCAUAAUGGAACGAAUUUUUCUACAGUGUGAGCACUGUGCAGUGCUCGCAGUGCAUAUCGGAACAUACCCUUGAUGUGCAGUGUUUCAAAUUGGGCUUCCAAUUAAAUUAUUUAUAUUUUUAUUUUGGUGCAAUGGCUACUUAAUCAUAGACAUAUAACUCAUAAUAGAAGCAAAGACAAUUAAUUCUAUGAUUUUUAUUUUAUUAAUUGAAUUAUGAGUUACUUAGACUAUACAUAAUUAUGAAAUAUUUGUAGUGAAUACUAAAAGAAACCCAAAAGAAAUUAUGUAAAAAUAUCAAAUUAAAUAUCACUUAAACCCCACCAAUACUAAUAUCAAACCUUAGAUUAAGGUUUGGUCUCCGCUGCGCUCCAACUAGAUACCGCAUUCGCAGUCGCAAAGUACGGCAACUAAUACUAUGCCUUGAACUAUGUGUGAUGUUGACAUGCCACAUGUUCUGUUAAACUUUGAAACUAAAAUACCGGGUUGCAUAGUAAAAGUUUGUAAAAAUAAUACUACAAGAAAUAAGAAAGACACUGGAAUCACAUAUAAUCAGUGAGCAUUUUGUAUUUUAUUAAUUUCGAUGUAAAUUAUCAUGAAGUGUAUGUUACAAAAUUUUAGUGUCAAGAUGUCACACACACAAGUCUAAACCUAAUAGUUGCCGUAGUAGAAAAACUAUUGUUCUCUGUAGUGUGGUAUUGAGUUGGAUCACAGCGGAGACUAAUCCCUAUUCUAUUUAUAGAAACAUUAACCUGACAUCGUAAUAUGUAUUUUAGUUCUUGUACAGGUAGUGCCAUUGUUAUAAAGUUGUUUUAGAUCACACAUCAUAUCUCAGUACUUAGACUAAUUAAACUGUGAAUUGUACAUGAUCAUAGUCAUGCUUACUUAUAGUGAUAGAAAAGUAAUGGAAUAGUAUUAAUUUCUUAUAAUGAUAGACAAACUGCUGACGAGUAGUAGUACUUUAUAGUUUAUUUUAAUGAUUUUAGUUUUGUAGAUGGAUUUUUGAUUAUAUAAUAUUAUGUUAAAUUUUCAGAAAUAAUAUUCUUGUACUACUUACAAAGAUUGUUAGAGACUGCAUUAUAAAUUUAUAAUAUUAACUAUUACAAUCGCCAAUAACAAAUAUGUAAUGUUUUAAUAAAUUUAAGUGCACAUAU